UGUCAGCAGUCAACGACUGUAAACGGUCGGAUCUGAACUGGGAUUUUCAACCGGAGGACUGAAACUGCCUUGUUGCUAUGCAACAUCACCGCAACUGUGCUGAAGUCAGAAGAAAUCAUGAACGAGUGGAUCAGUUGAAACGCUUUUCAGGAGUUCACAGGUGGAAUGAGGGAGGCCGGCUUUGUUGAGUUGCACCUGCUGACUUUCCGGAUGUUUCCAUACAGCUGAAUCCCGGGCUGGACACUGAGCCUCGUUCUCGGACUGUGGAGAGGGAAAUGUUUGUUCAUGAACAGCAGACUUCCUUCCUUUUUUGCAGCAGUGGCCAUGAGGAUGUUUUUGGUGAACUGAGAGAAGAGUAGCAUCUCAGGAUUCUGAGCAGUGUUAAAAUGCCUGUGCAUCAGAUCUCCGUCGUACCAGCCAGUAAAGAGACCACAAGCAACAGCCGAGGUUCCGGCAGAACCAGAGAGAAGAGUAAAGAGAAUGAGGGUGAGAAAGCACCAGGCCGAUCAGGGAGUCGAUCUAGCAACAUUUCAAAGGCUAGUAGCUCCACCCAGGGGGCAGUACUGAACGGCGCCUCUCGGACAUCAGUCACUCCCUCCUGUCAGGACAUCUGCAGUACUGGCGGUCCAGUCAAGUUUGGAAAGGAUGCCUCAGAUUUAGCCACACCCAUCAUGCCAGUAAACCACGCCUCUGACUCAGCCCCCAUCGGCAGGCGGCAGGUGAAACGUCGUCACCGGCGGCGGAGGGAGAGUAGCAAUGGGGGCGGAGCGGUGGGUUGCGUCUCAGAGUGUGUGGACCACACGAAGCGUUUGCGCGGGCACACACACACACGCAUACACUCGGACUCGUCUUCGGAGGACGACGAGCAGCGGUGGAGGGAGGCUCGCUCGUGGAGCCGCGAGAAGGCUCGGCGCAGGCGCAGCAGCAGCCGACAAACGCCCAAAUUCACGGCGGGACAGGAUGGGCGGGACGGGGUCAAGCUUGCGCCUGUGGAUGCGGACGAGGGUCAGAAAGAGAACAGGUCCCCUCGGGUCAUGGGUGCCACUCUUAAGAGUCGCAAGCGGUCAUCCGUAAAGAGGGAAGAGCCACAGAGCAAGGCGGCCAGUCACGGUAGAGGGAGUGGGAGGGCCAGUGAGGAGGAGCAGCAGCCAAUUACUAAGUCGUAUGAGGAGCAAGGGUCGGGGGACGCAGACAUGGCCAUCCCGACUGCUCAGAAAUAUGCAAAUGUGGCCGAUCAAAACGGCGCCGCACAGCAAGCAUGCACUGACGAUGAGCUGGAGGUGUGCAGGAUCUGCCACUGUGAGGGCGAUGAGGACUGUCCUCUCAUCACUCCGUGCAGGUGUACGGGGAGUUUGCGUUUCGUGCACCAGGGCUGCCUGCACCAGUGGAUUAAAAGCUCCGACACACGCUGCUGUGAGCUCUGCAAAUACGACUUCAUCAUGGAGACACACCUCAAACCCCUGCGCAAGUGGGAGAAGCUGCAGAUGUCUACCAGUGAGCGCAGGAAGAUCUUCUGCUCGGUGAUGUUUCACCUGGUGGCUGUGAUUUGCGUCAUCUGGUCCCUCUACAUCCUCAUUAACCGCACUGCUGAAGAGAUACGGCAAGGCAAGACCAACAAUGCGUUGCUGCGUUUGUCCCCUCUCAAUGCCGUAGGGGUGCUGGAGUGGCCAUUCUGGACCAAGCUCAUCGUGGUGGCCAUCGGCUUCGCUGGCGGCCUCAUCUUCAUGUACAUACAGUGCAAAGUCUACCUGCAGCUGUGGAGGCGCCUGAAGGCCUUCAACCGCGUCAUCUUCGUGCAAAACUGCCCCGACUCCGCCCGCAACGGAGAUGAAAAGGCCCCACCUCCUCCGCCUCCCAUCACCCACCGCAACGGGAGACACGAACCGGCACUUGUUGCUGCCCCCCAGACGCAAACAAACACUUCCUGCCCUGCUCCCACAGGAAGUGCAGAGGCGGCACCUGUUUGA